CCAUUGGCUAAGGCCCCCACACACGAGGGCUCCCCCCAUCUACCCUAGACUUCAGUCUGUCCCGCUUCCAGCUGCUGCAGCCGCGCCUUCACCGCCUCAGCAUCCAGUCGCCCCCUGCUCCGGCCCGGCAUGGCGACCCCAACCCAGGCCCCCACAAAGGUUCCUCAGGAACCUGACCCAUUUUACUAUGACUAUGACACUGUACAGACUGUGGGCAUGACUCUGGCUACCAUAUUGUUCCUGCUGGGCAUCCUCAUCAUCAUCAGCAAGAAGGUGAAGUGCAGGAAGGCGGACUCCAGGUCUGAGAGCCCAACAUGCAAAUCCUGUAAGUCGGAGCUUCCCUCCUCAGGAGACCAUCCCAGAAAAGCCCAGGCUGGACCAGGGGUCUCCAGCCUCGUCACAGCCCCUGGAGGUGGCGGUGUGUAAAGUCGGCCCCGGGCACCUCCACUGCUGUCCCUGCCUGAGCGCGGGAGCCUGAGGACCGGGUGGAGGCGGUGGGGACCCCAGCCUUGCGCCGGGGAGCGCUCCCCCGAAUGAGCCGCCCCACCCACCCCGAGGCUGGAGCCGCUGCCCCCCGCUGUCCCUCCCCAGGCCUUGGCAAUGACGACCCCGCAAGAGCCCAUCUGCAGCCCAGAUCCAGGGACUCAGUCCUCCAGCUCCUGGGGUCCGGGGAUCCGCCCCCAGCCCCCCAGAAUCCCGGUUUAACGCUUUCCUGCACCUCCCUGUCUCCACGCGGAAGACCCGUUCCCCUGCACCCUGGGUGUCUACGUCUUGAGCUUAAUAAAUGUGCAUUUGGUUUUUCCCCC